UAUACUCUUUAUCAGCUUCUCAACAGAUCCCUUCCUCUCACAUUCUCACUCACCAAAUAAAUAUUCAAAGUGGAAAACCCUUUACAAAUUGUGUUCAAAUCUUUGAAGAUUUUGGGGGUUCUUGAUAUAAAAACCUGAUUUUGAGCUCUUGAAGGAGGAGAAGGAUUGACAAAGGAGUAAAGAAAAGCUAGCAUUUUCUUGUGAAAUGGGAGUUUGUACUUCCAAACCCAGACCCUCUUCGGAGCACAAUUUUCAUUCAUCAGAAGAAAUUAAGCCCUCCGUUGUUCCUGGCCAGGACGAGGAUAAUCCUGUUGGGCUGAAGACUAAUGGCGGAAAUGCGAGAGAUUCUGGUAAUCUUGGGGAGAAGAAAAAGAAUGAAGAGAAUCACGAGGUAGGUAAGAAGUCCCCGUUUUUCCCGUUCUACAGCCCAAGCCCGGCUCAUUAUUUGUUCUCGAAGAAGUCUCCGGCGAGAUCUCCGGCGCCUGGAAGCGGGACGCCGAGGAGAUUUUUCAAGAAGCCGUUUCCGCCGCCGUCUCCGGCGAAGCACAUCAAGGCGGUGCUCGCGCGGCGGCAUGGCUCGGUGAAGCCCAAUGAGGCGGCGAUACCAGAGGGAAAGGAGGUGGCGGAGAAGACGGGAUUGGAUAAGAGUUUUGGGUUUUCCAAGAAUUUUUAUAGCAAGUAUGAGCUGGGAGAGGAGGUGGGCAGGGGGCAUUUUGGUUAUACUUGUAAGGCGAAGUUCAAGAAGGGGGAGCUCAAGGGACAGGAGGUUGCUGUUAAAGUCAUACCCAAAGCUAAGAUGACCACCGCUAUAGCUAUUGAAGACGUGCGCAAGGAGGUGAAAAUAUUGAGAGCUUUGACAGGACAUAACAAUCUGAUACAAUUUUAUGAUGCCUAUGAAGAUCAGGACAAUGUCUACAUAGUGAUGGAGUUAUGUGAAGGAGGCGAGCUUUUGGAUAGAAUACUGUCAAGGGGUGGGAAGUAUACGGAAGAAGAUGCAAAAACUGUGAUGACACAAAUACUGAACGUUGUUGCAUUCUGCCAUCUCCAAGGAGUGGUACAUCGGGAUCUCAAACCUGAGAAUUUCUUGUUUACAUCCAAAGAAGAAAACUCAACAUUGAAGGCUAUAGAUUUUGGAUUAUCAGAUUUUGUGAAACCAGAUGAAAGGCUUAAUGACAUUGUUGGUAGUGCAUACUAUGUGGCGCCUGAGGUUUUGCAUAGGGCAUACAGUACUGAGGCUGACGUUUGGAGUAUUGGCGUAAUAGCAUACAUACUAUUAUGCGGAAGCCGCCCAUUUUGGGCUCGGACAGAAUCUGGCAUCUUUCGUGCCGUUGUAAAAGCUGAACCAACAUAUGAAGAACCACCUUGGCCAACUCUGUCUUCAGAGGCGAAAGACUUUGUCAAACGUCUGCUAAAUAAGGAUCCAAGGAAAAGAAUGACUGCAGCUCAAGCCAUGUGUCAUCCAUGGCUCAGAAAUACCAAUGAUGUAAAAGUGCCAUUGGACAUAUUAAUAUUUAAACUUAUGAAAGCUUAUAUGCGUUCAUCUCCCCUCCGGAAAGCUGCUUUACGGGCUUUAUCAAAAACUCUGACAGAGGACGAACUUUUCUACCUAAAGAAGCAGUUUGCACAAUUGGAACCAAGCAAGAAUGGGACGAUUAGUUUAGAUAACAUUAUAUCGGCCUUGAAGAAAAAUGCGACGGAUGCCAUGAACGAAUCUCGCAUUUACGAUUUUCUUGCUUCGCUUAAUGCACUUCAAUAUAGAAGGAUGGAUUUUGAAGAAUUCUGUGCUGCUGCUUCAAGUGUGUAUCAGUUAGAAGCUCUUGAUAGAUGGGAACAGCAUGCUCGCUGCGCCUAUGAACUCUUUGACAAGGAUGGCAACAGGACUAUCAUGAUCGAGGAAUUAGCUUCUGAACUCGGCCUUAGCCCUUCUAUUCCUGUUCAUGCCGUCCUCCAUGACUGGAUCAGACAUACUGAUGGGAAACUCAGUUUCCUUGGAUUCGUCAAGUUAUUGCAUGGUGUUUCCAGCAGGUCUCUUGCAAAAGCUCAUUGAAACAGAACACCACAAACCUCAGCACCCCCGAUAUUCCUGCAUUUCCCUGAUGAUCGAUAUGUCAUGAAGUAUAAAGGGCUAAUCAGAGGUGAUACCAACUCAUCGUUCCAAACCUAAUUUACGAGUAAAUUGCCUCAUGCACCAUGCAAGAUGCAUCAGCCCAAGGUUCUAAGGUCCAUACAGCUAUCUGGUUCAAGUUGCAUUUACCUACCCUGUCGUUGGUUCGGAGAAUCAGAGUUGGGACUUAGGCAUUGAUGCAGUUCUGACAAGGGAUCAAUGCAGUCAGUCGUGUGCCCAUUGUAAAGCCGUAGGCUUAUACUUAAGUUUUGUGUUCGACAGUUGCAGCUGAGAAUGUUUCUGGGCUGGACAUUCGUACCUCGUCUGCUGACAUACAACGCUGACAUAAUCUUGUAUCUUCCCCUGUUCCUCACCCUUUGUAAUUUAGCGAUUGUCGUUCUUUUGUGUAACGUUUCAAUCUCUUGUCUCAUGAAGUUGGAAUAGAGCUGUUGUUGAUUUGUCCAUAGAUAAAAUAUUCUUGCUUCACUAAGAAACAUGGAACGCUGGGACAUAACUGAGAAAUUCCUCCAAGGCGACAAUGGUGUUGUUGAAUAUUGUAAUGGAGUUGAAGAAUGUUGAUAAAUUCUUCCUCCGGAAUCUUCCACUACAGCAGUUUGGGUUGAGUCUUUUUUUUAUAUUGCAUAUGCAAUUUGAUUUA